AUGUCAUCGGUGGAGAAAAAACGAUUACGCGAUAGACGCGCACAACAGAACCUUCGCAGCAAGCGCUCACAGCAGAUGGCCGUACUCGAGAAAGAAGUUGCUCAUUGUCGGGAACACCAUGACGAUCAAGGAAUACAGCGCCUUCUACAGGUAAUCACCGGUCUGCGAAAGCAAAAUGAAACCCUUCGGUCACGUCAAGAACACUUGAAGCUCCUUGUCAAUUCCUGGGAUGCAAGCCCAGCUGAAAUUUCGGCCAAUAUGCAUGGAUCUUCCGAUCAGCGUUCACCGGGGUUCAUCGCAAUCCCAAGAGAGAUCAUGAACAACAGCGAUUCUAGUUCAAAUCCGAUACAAUCGACCAGAAACAAUACACCACGCGCUGAUCCAAGCCCAUCCUCACUACUGGUCAGUGGUGAUUCAAGCCAUCAGCAAGCCCCUUACCCACAGACACUCGCUAGGGAACCCCGAACGGCGGACACCAAUCUCGCAUGGAAACAACUCCCUCUGCACGACGACAACUUCUUGAACCCGCAAACCAUUUCCUGUGCUUGGUUUGAAUAUCCGGAGCGAAUAGCGCUAUGCCCCGACUCCCCUUCCUCUCCACUAGACCUACUCUACGGCACAAAUACAAAUUAUCUCGCGAACAUGAUCUACAAAGCCACACAGAGACGCCCGAUCCGUGACCCCGAACGUCUAGCCGUCGGGUGGCUAUGCUAUCAUCUAGCACGAUGGAUCGUAUCGCCCAGUCCUGCCACCUACGCAAACGUCCCACCCUUUCUGCGCCCGGUCCCCGACCAGCUCCAGAUUCCACAUCCCAUGGUGCUUGAUAAUAUACCCUGGCCGCAAGUCCGAGUGAAUCUGAUUCGACACUGGGAUAUGUUCCGCGAUAUGCGCGACGACCUUUUUGGGUUGUUCUCGUGCUGUGUCAAGGUUCGGUGGCCCUGGGGUGAGAGCAUCCUUGAGCGGAACUCGCACAACGAGCUGUGUAUAAAAGAAAGGUUUUUUGAAACAUUCAUGAGUGAAACGGGAUGGGGUAUUACACCCGAGUUUAUGCAAAGAUAUCCUCAACUUUUUGCGGGAGUUGAUCUCGGGGCUAUCACUUGUGAACUCGUGGACAAAGAAUUCUAG